AUGGGUAAAAUCUAUACGAUAGGAUUGGCAACAUUUGCUGCAACGGGCAGCUUUCUGUUCGGUUAUGAUUCUGGUGUCAUGACCGAUGUGAUCGCCUCCCCGCACUUUUUGAACUUCUUUAGUACGACCAAAGCAUCCACAAUUAUCGGCGCCAUCAACAGCACAUUCUCAGGGGGAGCGGCCAUUGGUGCCCUCAUGGCGGGCUUGACUAUCGACCGAUUCGGCCGUAGAAGAACAAUCCAACUUGGUGCCUUGCUAGCGACUAUUGGUGCUAUUCUCCAAUCUGCAGCUCAGAAUCUUAUUAUGAUUCUAGUUGGACGAAUUGUCGCUGGCUGGGCAGUAGGUGUUCUGAGUAUGUCUGUUCCAGUUUACCAGGCCGAAUGCGCCCAUCCAAAAACCCGUGGCUUGAUUGUCGGACUUUCACAGCAGAUGAUUGGGGUUGGUUUCAUCGUUAGCACGUGGAUUGGAUAUGGUUCACUUCAUGCCCCUGACAGCAGCUCAUUGCAAUGGCGAUUCCCACUCGCAUUUCAAGCACUUCCCGCAUUCAUGCUGUUCUUAGGAAUGUUUUGGCUCCCCGAGUCCCCUCGUCAUCUCAUUGAACAGGACCAGGAGGAGGAAGCAUUGCGCAUCCUUAAGCGCCUGCACUAUGACGGCGCAAACAUGGAAUGGAUUCAAACUGAAUUCCGCGAAAUUAAAAUCACCAUAAACGCUGAACGGGUUAUCACAGCUUCUGGGUGGACAAUCAUGUUCAAGGUACCGCAGUGGCGGACUCGGCUGUUGCAAGGAACCUUGGUGCAGGUUUUCUCCCAAAUGACCGGCAUCAACGUCAUUAACUACUACCAAAAUAUCAUGUAUGAAGCACUAGGAAUUACCGGGAGCCGAGCUACCCUUGUCACUGGAAUUUACAACGUCGUCGGCCCUCUGGCAAACUUCCUCUUUAUUGUUUUCAUCCUCGAUCGCAUCGGCCGUCGCCGUCCUCUACUCCUCGGUGCCACUGCAAUCACCAUCGCACUAAUCUGUGAAGCAGCCCUAAAUUCGCAGAACGAGGAUGGGACAAAGACCGGAUACAGCAUCGCUGGAGUUUUCUUCCUCUUCCUUGUAACGGUCUUCUUCUCGAUGUCCUUUGGCUCGAUUGCCUGGGUAUAUAUGUCCGAGGUUAUGCCGAUGCAGAUUCGGGGUAAGGGCGUUGCAUUUGCUACAGGAAUUGGUAAUUGGACGGUUAGUACGCUAUGGAGCCAGGUUUCACCCAUUGCGCUAGGGAAGAUCGGGUGGAAGUUUUAUUUAAUUUUUGCAGCAUGGAAUGUGUGCGUUACCAUCCCAACAAUCUUUUUCUGGUUCAAAGAAACCAAGCAAAAGUCGCUUGAGGAGAUUGACCUCCUCUUUGGUGGAAGAGCACUGGGUUCUUUGGAUGAUAAUAUCACCUCAAAGACAGUAGAAGUGGAAACUGUUGCAACCACUAGACAGUUGGAGGAUGUCACUGUAAACUACAAGGAUGCGUCACUUCCAAUAGAAGAGAGAGUUUCUGAUCUACUCUCCCGGAUGACCGUUGAAGAUGAAGCGGCCCAGUUAAUUCAAGGUUCUGUAAAACAGAAAUAUACGGAAUCUUUCUGCGUCAUUACAACUGGAGAAUAUGGGACUGACUUAAUAGUAAUACACGUGAUAUUGCGAACUGGAUAA